UGAGAAUCCCGCAAUUCUUCGCUAGUCUUUUCUUUGAUUUUUUUAACACUUUCUCCUCCAUACGUUAAGGUUAGCUUCCCAACACGUCAUGCCAAAAACUAGCAUUUGUCAGAACCGAAAAUUAAGAUCUAAAGCACGUCCAUUGUCAGCACCGAAGCUCACUCCCAAAAGACCAAUAUACCCUUUCCUUUUCACCUUUAACGAAUGCACUUUACAUGGAUAUUAAUGUCUUUCUCUUCUGGUUUGAGCUCAACGCUUAUGGCGGCUUUCCAAGUCCUACAAUAUUAUAUAUGUGGAGAACAAAAUUAGAAAAUUAAAAAAAAUCGGCAGCCUAAAUAAUCAUAAAAUAUCCUCAGUUUCAGAACAAAACAAUAUAUUUUUUCCUUAAAAAAAAAUCAUAUUAUAUAUACACAAGAUUCUAUCCAGAUAACCAUACGUAGAGUUCAGAACCGCAUAUACAGCGGAUUAUAUAUAAUAUACAAUACAUGUACUGAUUUUCUUUAAUUGUGUUCCACUCCUAUCUACCCAACAAGUUCUAAUUACUUUCAAGACAAGCUUGCUCACACAUUCAUGGGUAAUUGUAAUCUCGAAGAUGAUGAUUCGUUCACUAGGCCUCUUACAAGAUGUUCUGUCGUUUAUUAUGGUGUGGGGCACAUGCUCAAUGACAUUACUGCUUCCUGUUGGUUUACUUAUCUUUUAAUCUUCUUGACAGACAUUGGGCUCUCCCCGCGUGAUGCAGCUAUUGUUAUGCUUUCUGGUCAGAUUGCUGAUGGUUUUGCAACCAUAUUUACUGGCGAACUGAUAGACAGAUUUGGGCAUUUCAAAAUAUGGCAUGGCGCAGGGUCUAUCUUGGUUGCUAUUUCUUUUUCUUCGGUGUUUGGUGGCUGCUUACCUUGCACAAUUUUUUCUAACACUUCAUCAGCAUUGGAAACUGUUAGUUAUAGCACAUUUGCAGCUAUCUUUAAUAUUGGUUGGGCUGCUACCCAAGUUUCGCACAUGUCUAUGGUGAAUUGCAUCACACUGAAUUCAACUAGCAGAGUGGUGUUGGCUAGUUGUCGCAAUGCUUUUACAAUGGUUGCCAACCUCAGCCUGUAUGCAGUUGCCUUUGUAGUCAUUAGUGUCACAACAGCAAAAACACAUGCUAAUAUCGAAAAUCAGUAUCGCUGGAUCGCAUAUGUGUCCAUUUUUAUUGGGUGCUGCUUUGUGGUUGCAUUUCUACUCGGAACCAAAGAGCCAAGUUUAAAGAUAGGUGUACAAGGAAGCAGACAUGAAAGAAUAGCAUGGUCUUACUGGUUCAAGAGAGUUUUAUAUUAUCAAGUUGCUGUUGUUUAUAUGCUGACCAGACUGGUAGUCAAUGUUUCACAGGCAUAUCUUGCAUUCUUUGUGAUUAAUGAUCUGGGGAUGGCCCCAUCGGCUAAAGCGUUGGUUCCUGCAAUCAUCUACAUUAGUAGCUUCAUUGUAUCUGUCAGUCUACAGGAAGUUCCAUGGACUGGUCGACGUCUGAAGGCCUACUUCUCCAUUGGAGGGAUUAUUUGGGUAUUUUGUGGUGUGGUGGUUCUCAUUUUGCCUAGUAACUUGAAUGGUUUUGUGUACAUUCUAUCAAUAUUUAUGGGCAUCGCGAAUGCUUUGAUGAUGGUAACUGGAGUCAGCAUGCAAAGCGUUCUAAUCGAUACAGAUCUCAAUGGCUGUGCAUUUGUUUGUGGGUCAUUGAGCUUCUUGGACAAAAUGUCAUGUGGAAUUGCUUUAUUUGUUCUUCAGUCAUAUCAAAACAUCGAAAUAGAUAUCGCUUCGCCAAUGCAGGCAACCAAUUUGAGUUCCAUGUAUAUUUCAGUUACGAGAAUCGGCUUGGGUCUUCUUCCGGCACUUUGUGCACUUGUGGCAGUAGCAGUAACAUAUACCAUGAAACUUCAACACCCUCUUUCAAAACCCUUAGUGGAACCAUUAUUAGGAUGAAGAACUUGAUUCAUCAAACUGCAAUUCGAUUGAUCUUUCGAAGAAAAGAUUCUUUCUUCGGUUAGGAAUAGACAAACCAACUUUGUUCAAGGAUACUUCUAAUACAUUCCACUUGAUCAGGUUUAACAAAUUCUCAACACUUACUCCUGAUUCUUUGUUGUUAUUUUACUCAAUUUGUACAGAUCAUGUUGUAUGUAUAUAUUUGUGCUACAUUAAAAUUAAUUGUACUCUCUUGUAAUCCAAAGAAAGGAUUGAUCAGAACUCUGGACACUGAAAUGGCAUCAAUUUAAUUUUUGAAGCUCCAGAACUUAUCUUCA